AUGGAACGAUACACUGGAGACAGUGCUUUCACCUGCUUCCUGCUAAUGUGUAUCUUCACACAGGUUUACUGCCAGCUUUGUGGAGGAUCCUGCCAUUGCCCCAGUCCUCCACCCCUCUGCCCAACCGGGGUGCCCCUGAUCCUGGAUGGAUGCCGCUGUUGCCAGGUGUGCGCCCGGCAGAUGGGGGAAUCCUGCAAUGAAAAGUAUAUGUGUGACAACCAGCGUGGGCUGCAGUGCGACUACAGCGCCAGCUACCCAGGGGGCCCAGGAGAGUGUGUCAAUCAGGAAGAGCUGGGCUGUGAGAUCAACGGUGUGGCUUACCAGGAAGGCCAGGUGUUUCAGCCAUCCUGCGACUUGCGGUGCCGCUGUGAGGGUGGGGGGGUGACGUGCCUGCGCCUGUGCAAUGAGGAACUGCGCCUGCCAGGGCCUGACUGCCUGCACCCCCAGCUUGUUCAGCUGCCAGGAAGGUGCUGCCGGGAAUGGCUCUGUGAAACCUUGGAAAACACAGUUUUCCUGGAUGCACUGACAGUUCCCAGGCCUCAUGCAGUUCGUUUGGACCUCUUGGCUCUGAAACAGAGCCCAAGUUCUAACUGCGUGGAGCAAAGCACUGAGUGGAGCUCCUGUUCCAGAACCUGUGGCCCAGGUGUCUCCGCACGGAUGUCAAACACAAACUGGGCCUGUCGCCUGGAGACGCAGACGCGGCUCUGCCUGGUCCGGCCCUGCCAGGCAUCUCCAUACAGACCUGCAAUGGGAACCAGUCGGUGUGAGUCCAGCUACAUGGCACCACUACCGGUACAUCUAGAGCAUCAGGGCUGCCGCAGCAUGUUAGCCUACAGGCUCAGGUACUGCAGUCUGUGCUCAGACCAGCGCUGCUGCCACCCCCACCGUACCAGCACCAUCCUGGUGACCUUUCGCUGUCAGCUGGGCCAUCUGAUACAACAUCCGGUCAUGAUGAUCGAGUCCUGCAUCUGCCACUACCACUGUCCUCACUCUCACUUAUUGGGGUCCGGAAGACCUACACUUCAAGCUUAG